AGAUGGCGCUGCAGUCGUGUUUUGUCGCCUUAUAUUUUCUAUGAAGUUAGUAUUCUUCUCCUUGGAGUAAAAGUGUUCUGUGGUUUGCUCUUUGGAUGAGAUUGAAAUGUUAGCGGUUGUAACUAACCUCACUUUGAUUAUAAAUAAAGUGUAUUCCCAAAGAAAAUGUAGCCAUAUAAAACUUUUUGCUAGAAAACACUCUUAUAAAGUUCUCUUCUUUGGAUCUGACUCAAUAGCAUUGAAGAGUUUACAAAAAGUAAAUGAGUUCAGAAAAUCCGAAAAUAUUAUAAAACGCUUGGACUUUGUGACUUCCAACAAUACCAAGACAAAAUCAGAAAUCGAAAAAUAUGCACUCGCAGAAGGGAUCGGUGUCAGAACUUGGCCAUUACAAAAAAUUGCCACUUCAGAAUACGACAUUGGGCUUAUCGUUGCUUUUGGUCACUUAAUCAAAGACAAUAUUCUUAAUAAAUUUCCCUUAGGAAUUAUUAAUGUACACCCAAGUCUUCUUCCUCGAUGGCGUGGUGCAGCCCCAAUCAUCCAUACUCUGCUUCAUGGGGAUCAACAGACAGGAGUUUCUCUAAUGAGAAUAAAAGCCAAUGUAUUUGAUGUAGGUGAAAUUAUAAGCCAGAGAAAGAUUGCUGUUUCAAAAGACAUUAAAUUACCAGAAUUGACUGAACAAUUAUCAGAUAUUGGAGCAGAUAUGUUGGUGGAAUGUAUCAGACUAUUACCAGACAGCCUAGUCAAAGCACAACCUCAAAGUAAUUAUGGUGUUACUUAUGCCAGAAAAAUUAAUAAAUCUAUAAGUGAAGUCAGAUGGACAGAAAUGAAAGCAACAGAUGUUUACAAUUUAUAUAGAGCAGUUUAUGGUUUGUAUCCACUGUCGUCAAAAUUUAGAGAUAAAACGGUGAAGUUGUUUGGUGCCUUUUUGGAUCAUACAGAAGAAAUAGAAAAAAGCCAUUUACCAAUAGGGACUUUAAAAUAUUGCCACAAAGUGAAUGCCAUCAAAGUGUUGUGUAAAGAUAUGAAAUAUAUUUGUUUUAAAUCAAUAAGAAUUGUAGGUAAAAGAGAAAUAUCAGCAUUAGAUUUUUAUAAUGGUUAUAUUAAAAAUGCAUUAGGGGAAAAAAGAUGUACCCUAGCCUGUUGAAUAAAUAAAUUAUUAAAUAAUAAAUGAGGUCUUUAAAUAAAUAAACAUUUGGAUAUAGAUACAUAAAUAGAACAUUUAUUCAAUAAAAUUGUAAAUCAUAAAUUACUGCAUGUCAGUACAUAAAUAAAUAAAACAAAACAUUCAUAUAAUUCAAUUUUAGGGUAUUGCACCCUAACACUUGUUCCAUUUAUGGGGAAUACUUAAAAUGUAAUAGGUGGACUAAUCACACUAGUGCGUUAGAAUACUUAAUUUCUUCCAAUCACAAUCAAUCAAAAAAAGAAAAUGUUAGCAAAUUUCUACAAACAGUAUCCAGUACACUCUGAGAAAACAAAUUGAAGCAAUGCUAUUCUUUUAAUUUAAAAGAAUUUUUUAACUUGUCCUUCUUGAGGAUCUCAAUUACAGACAGACUGAUUAAACUAAUUCACUCUCAAUUUACAAGCACACUUUGUACACUUUUCAUAAAUUUAGCACUUUUAUCAUAAACUCCUGUAUGAUAAGCAAAGAUAUUUUAAAUGCUGACUUUCACCCUGUAAGCAAAAUAAUAUUUAUUAUAUAACAAAAUAUUUUUUUAAUUAAUUUUGAAAAGUUUGAUGUCAUCCGAAAUAAAUCUUACGAAUAUAGUUGUUUAUAUUUAACACUACUAAUCAUAAUUUUAUUAUUAUGGCUAAUAAAUAAAUGUAGCUUCUUUAGUAGUCCCGCAGGUCCACUGUGUAACUCGAUUG